GGAAGGAUUAUCAUUUCCACGCCCGUAUUCUCUGUAAUCUCUCUUCACUCCUUGUACACAAAAGCAAAGCAAAGCAAAAGCAAGCGAUCGGAACCAAAGCAUUGAAUUCACCGGGAAACGAAGCUGAAAUCGUCUUUUUCAAUCCGUCGACACAUUCACCAGAUGGCAGAAACACCGAAGGGAGCAUCUUCGACUGUCAAAGCAAAAGACAAAAAUUCAUUACUUGAUCUGGAUAUUGGAAAUGACUUUCUUAAGUCGUUCAAAUCAGUGUCUAUGGGAGAAGAUGAUGCAAUGGAUUUCGACUUUGGGCCUAUAUCCAAAAACAAGAAAAAGACAUUCAACUUUGACAAAGAAGAUAUGGAUUUUACUCUUGAUACUGAUUUUGGCAAGAUGUCGUCCUUCAACAUCGACAUGUCAGAUUUUGAUAUAUCUCCCCCAUGCAAAAAGGAUCAAAAAUCAAAGGAGACAUCAAAAGAAGAAUCCACUGUUGCUGUCAACAAAAAGAAAGGAGAUGGCUUCAAUUUUUCAUUUGAUUUUGAGUUGGAUAAUUUCAGGUUUGGGUCAAGUCAGGAGAGUAAUGGAAAAGCGAAGAACAACCAAGAAAAGGACUGUUUCAGUUUUGGAUCAAGCCAGGAGAGUAGAGAAAAGGCAAAGAACGACCAAGAAAAGGAAUUUUCAUCUUCUAAGAGAAAUGAUAAUGAACGCUCUGGAAGUCAUCUCAAUGAAGACAUUGGUUCGUUAGAGGACGGGACAGUUCAGAAACACAUUGCAUCAGAGGCCGGGAUGACUUCAAUUAUUGAUUCUCAUAUUGACAUAGAUAAAAGUAAUGACACCACAAAACAUAGUUUACCUUCAAACCAUACUAUGAGCAAUAAUGAAACUUCAAAAUUGCAAUAUGCUAGCAAUGAAGUUCCACUGGAAAAAGCAAAAAGCCCAUUACAAGAAAAAAUAUCCACCAGCACUCAUGAAACAGUUUGCCAAGUAGAGGAGCGAACUUCUUUGAUGUCACAGAGUGAAUCAAGGAGGAAUAAUUCUUCAAGUUUACAGGAACAUGUUAAUUCUGUGGCUGCGGAUGUUAGUCUCUUAGGUGUAGGAACAGAUUCUAUUAAAAAAGUGCUUUUGGACUCUGACACAAACUAUGAUAAGUCAGUUUUAGAAAGUUCAUCUUUGGAGGAUGUUGCAACCUCAAUGAAGAAUGCUAGUGAAAGGAGAAACUUUGACAAUGAUAAGCUUGUUUUGGAGACCAAUAAGGACAGGACUGAGGCACAUUCCAACAGUAUGUCAAAUGCUACAGAAGACAAAAUGCAAGACAUGAAAGUCAGUAAUGAUAUUCAGAGCCCAACUUCAGAGCUUUCUGCAUCCUCGUUAAGCAAAAUAGUAGCUGAAAGUUUGACGGCAGAGAAAAGAAGAGAGACUGGUGUCAUCAGGUCAAAGUUUUUUAUACCAUCAAUUAAACCUGCAGCACAGACGCAGACAACAACACCACUGACUGAGACAAAAGGUCCUGCAUUUAGUAACAAAGGAAUUGGCCCCAUACCACAGAGUCGUCCAGAUGAAAUAAUAUCUCAAGAUAACAAAGAUGAUGACAUUGGGAGCAAAGCUGGUUUUGCCCCAGACUCUAGAUCUCUGCCAAUGAUUAACCCUCUUCAGACAGGAAGUCAGGAGGGAUGCCAAGUUUUAGGGACUACUAUAAGUUUUUGCAAGGGAUCUCAGUCGGAUGGUGCGAAAAACAUAAGAAUAUUGACUGGCAAAUCUGUUCCCCAGAAAAGCAAAGCAAGCCGUAAAGAUCUUCUUACUGUCAGUUCUGGGGUAAAUCCUCCUUGCAAAACUCAACAGAUAGCUGCAUCCGCUCCAUGCAGCAUUUCCGUUCCAAGGAACAUAGCUCCUAUUCCAACUGCAAAGAACACUCUCAAUGAAGGAGAGAAAACACUGCCAAUUAAAGCUGCCAGGAGUCUUCUAGAGGCAUCUAGCUUAAAAAUUUCAGCAAAACUUGGUACAAAUCCUGAUACACCUCAGACAGUGUUGCAAAAAAAUUUGAAGUCCUCAAAAACAGUGGACCAGCUUGGUGGGUAUAAAGCUAUUAUACAAGCCAAAGACAACUCUAAAGAGUUGCUGAAGCAAAUACCUGUUAGCUUGUGUAUGAAGAGGAAAGUACCAGAGAAAAAUUCAGAUUUGAUGAUCCUACUUCCAUCAAAGCGUCUUUCACAAUCACCCAAUGGAAGCAGGGGAUCCUCUGAAGGUACAGAAAGUAUAUGCAACAAACAGGUUAAUGACCAUGAGCAUUCUGGAAAUGUUAAUAAGACCAGCGAAUAUGAAAAUUGCCAAAUCUCUUUACGCGAUGUUCCUAUGAGGAUGAACAUCAACGAGUUAGGAAGCCCUUCUGUGAUAGAAGAUGAUGACAACAUAAAGAAGGCUCAAACUUUGUCAAAGGAUCUUGAAGAUAUAUGCAACAUGCUGAGAAAAAAGCACGAGGAGGCAAAAGAACUCUUAGUUCGAGCUGUUGUGAACAACAACAAGCUGCUGCUUCUUAACCAUCCCAUUUAUGAAGAGAAGAUACACAGGGUUCAGAAAUUCGCUGCUGUAUUGAUGACGAGGAAUCACCAGAUAGAAUCACAAUAAGACAACAUAGAGGUAUUUCUCUCCUAUGUGUGUACACACACCACAAAAAGGACUUGAGUAAACAUAUUAAACAUAAACCUUACUGCUUUGUUUGUCAUCCCUGGUUCCAGUUCUGUAGUUGCGAAUUUCUCUGUGUAAAGACCUUCUCUUUGUUAAGCAUGUAUUACUACUAAAGACCUUCUCUUUGUUAUGUAUGUAUGACUACUAACGCCAUGUAGUUUCAGGCAGAGUCUGCUGCAUGUUCAAAUGCAGUCGCAGAUCUCUUUUUUUUCUUGCAUUCCUCAGGUGAAGAAGCAUUGACUUUGCUAAUAACAAACUAAAGUGGUUACUCUCAGAGGCAGAUCUUCCGCUGAAGGAAAAUCGAACUUCUACUAAAUUUCUCUAUCCCAUAUAAUUUGGCAUCUAAUAAUCUGUCCCUGCACAGGUGUUGGCAGUUUGCUUAUACUGAGCAUUUGAAGAUAUUGAACCUCUUGUUAUACUCUUUACACCAUAAUUUUGUGCUUCUUUACAGCUUCUCCCUCUUGGGCACCUUAUAAAGCAGCACCAAAUGAGAUAUAUCUGUCUUCUAUUACUACCUAUGUUAUUCAUAUCCAAAUAUAGGCCGAUGGCCUAAGAUCUGAUGCGUGAUGAGUAACAGGUUAAACAAUUUGGGAAGGAGAUAACUGUGUUUCUAGGGCAUACAUUUAAUGAAAUUACUUAAAGUGGAAUCAGAGCAAUCUCUUGAAUUUUUA